AUGACCGACCACGAGGAAGAUCUUGCUGCCACCCGCACUGAGGGGUUCAGGGUUGGAGAGAAGAAGACUCUCGAUGAGUACAACCAGCUCGCUAACCAGUCGUUGCUCUUCCCCGCAUUAGACAAGGAUGAUGAGGCCAUGAACCGCUGGAAGGCCUCGUUGGGCCUCAACACUGGUGAACCCAUCGCCGAUCCCAAUGACCCUCGCAAGUGCAUCAUCAACCUCAAGGAUAAGCCCUUCAAGAUCAAGGAGGGUGCCAAGUUCCACAUCAAGGUUACCUUCCAGGUCCACCAUGAGGUCCUGAGCGGUCUCAAGUAUCUGCAGGUCGUCAAGCGCAAGGGUAUCCGGGUCAGCAAGGACGAGGAGAUGCUGGGCAGCUACGCACCCAACACCACCAGCAAGGUUGACUACUCAAAAGAAUUCAACGAGGAGGAGGCCCCCACAGGCAUGAUCGCCCGUGGCCACUACAACGCCGUCUCCAAGUUCAUUGAUGACGACGACCACACCCACCUGCUGUUCGAGUGGUCCUUCGACAUUGCCAAGGACUGGUAA